GCGUAGCCAGAGUGAGUGACAGCUAACUUAUUCAGCUCAGCAGUUGUUUCUGUGGCUCACACUAGCCGACUGCAGGCAGCACGAUGAGUAUCCCGGCUAAAGUCAUCAUUUGCUUGCUGAGGAAUGACCUGAGGUUUCAUGACAAUGAGGUCCUGCUAUGGGCUCACAGGAAUGCAGACCAUAUCAUCCCACUGUAUUGCUUUGAUCCAAGACACUACUUGGGAACUCAUAACUAUAAUUUUCCCAAGACUGGACCUCAUCGCUUGAAAUUCCUGUUAGAAAGUGUGCAGGAUUUAAGGGACACUCUGAAGAAGAAAGGAAGCAACCUGUUACUGAGAAGAGGUAAUCCAGAAGAUGUCAUCCAUGAUCUCCUCAAGCAAGUGGGUCCAGUGUCAGCGGUUGCACUACAAGAAGAGGUAACGAGGGAAGAGCUCGAUGUUGAGACAUCCAUAAAACAGGUCUGUUCGCAGUAUGGAGUAAGAUGUCAGACAAUUUGGGGAUCCACUUUGUAUCACCGCGAGGAUCUUCCAUUCAGACACAUCUCAAGCUUACCAGAUGUCUACACCCAGUUCAGAAAAGCAGUGGAGACACAAUGUAAAGUCCGGCCAUCGCUUCAGAUGCCAGAGAAGCUGAAGACUUUGCCGGUAGGCCUUGAGGAGGGAUCAAUGCCGACCGCAGAGGAUUUAGGGCAACAGGAUCCUCUAACUGACCCAAGAACUGCAUUUCCCUGCAGUGGAGGCGAGAGUCAGGCUCUACAGAGGCUGCAGCAUUACUUCUGGGACACUAAUCUUGUUGCUGCUUAUAAAGACACCCGUAAUGGACUUAUAGGACUAGAUUAUUCAACCAAAUUUGCUCCGUGGCUUGCAUUGGGCUGUUUAUCCCCCAGAUAUAUUUUUGAGCAGAUCCGCAAAUACGAGAGAGAAAGAACCGCAAAUCAAAGUACAUACUGGGUUAUCUUUGAGCUUCUGUGGCGAGAUUACUUCCGUUUCGUAGCUCUGAAGUAUGGGAGAAGAAUAUUCUUUCCAAGAGGUCUUCAGGAUAAAGAGGUUCCCUGGAAGAAAGAUCCGCAGCUAUUUAAUGCCUGGAAAGAAGGACGUACCGGGGUUCCUUUUGUUGAUGCCAACAUGCGUGAACUGGCUAUGACCGGUUUUAUGUCAAAUAGAGGGCGCCAGAAUGUGGCCAGCUUCCUCACCAAGGACCUCUGCAUUGACUGGAGAAUGGGCGCUGAAUGGUUUGAAUAUUUACUGGUGGACUAUGAUGUGUGCAGUAAUUAUGGCAAUUGGUUAUACAGCGCUGGAAUUGGAAAUGACCCUAGAGAAAACAGAAAGUUCAAUAUGAUUAAACAAGGGCUGGAUUAUGAUGGCAAUGGUGAUUACAUCCGACUGUGGGUUCCAGAACUGCAGCAGAUAAAAGGGGGAGAUGCACAUACACCAUGGGCACUGAGCAAUGCCUCACUAGCACAUGCCAACGUAACUCUUGGCGAGACAUACCCACUUCCAGUUGUCAUGGCCCCAGAGUGGAGUAGACACAUCAACCAGAAAGCGGCUAGUGGUGUACAGUCGGUUAGGAGAGGCAAAGGUCCAUCAAACACGCCUAAGCAACACACGAAUCGAGGGAUAGAUUUCUACUUUUCUCGAAAUAAAAAUGUGUGAUUAUGAGAAUUGGAUGCAUCUGGGACAGUGCAAUACUUUCCUCUGUGAUGAGCGAGCUGGAAUUGUAAUAAGUUUGUGAGAGCAUAUGGACAUGGGAUAUAAGUUAUGUACCCGAUAGGCAUAUGCACAGCAGAAGAUAGCUAUAUACAUUAAUAAAGAAUAGAAAUAAUAGGAAAAAAAACCUAGAAAAUGCCUUAGACACACAAAAUAUAUUUUUUCUACACACCCGCAUUGGUUCGAAAAUACAAUCUGCAGUGUAUAUAUGAUAGUGAAGUGCAUGGUCUGAUGGUAACAACUGAACUGCUCAUCUUUGCUUUUCUCCAUACACCAUCAGCCCUUUAUCAGGACAUCACAUCAGCAGAGGAAAAAGCUGUCUAUGUGCAUGCUGUUACAUAGUUGUUUUCUGUUGUUUGUUUUUAAGUCCCUGUCACUACAUACUGUAAUAGGAGUGUUGCUACAAUACCCUCUGCUACAAAAAUACCACCAACAACCAACUCCAGGCUUGUUCAAAAACAACAAAUACCUUUAUUCAGGUUGCUCAAGUACAAGGUUCAUAAAUCAUAGAUCAUUGUCUUUAACCAGGGAGGUUAGGCCCUGCCUCAUUACCUUUCCUUUAAUAAGGAACCCUCCAGCUCCCGGCGUCCUGACACUAGUACCCCAGUCUUCCUGAUCUCGCUGUCCUUAGCAGGCCUAUCGCCUGGGCAAGAACUGCCGUCAGGAGCCCUGCCUUGUUGGAGAGUCUGCUUUAAACCCAGCAGCCAGGUGCUGGCUUAUGAAGCAGCUUCCUGGGCUGAGAAGCCCCAUAAGACCUGGACUAGACCCAAUGGAUGGAAAACAUGGUCUGUCUACAUUUCCCAUCCACCCCUGGGACCCUGUGAGCGGCUUCCCCCAGCCACUCUAUCAGCGAAACAAGCCACUAUUAAUUCCCUACGGUUGUUUCCAGUUGGCAAAGUACCUCUCCUGCCACAAUACAUAUUGAUUAAAGUGAUGAAACUCACUGUAACAUAUAAGGGGCAAAAGCUCUGAAAUAAGCCAUUUCCGAUGCCGGAGGCUCUUCCCAAUGCUACUGUUAAUGUUAUCGGCAGGUGCCCAGACACGCAGGCAGAUGAUAGCCUUCCGCUGGACUGAUUUACCAAAUGCCUGAUCAAUAUCCUGAAGAUUCGGUCAGCUAAAUCUACGGUGUAAAUACAAUUUUGUUCCUGUACAUAUUUGGAUCUAUGGGAAAUAAAUUCAGCACUUUUCAUUUGUUAAGUAAUUUCUUUCUGUGUAUUUUACUAUAUACAAAAUCCACCUUAAAACUGCUGUGCGUCCGUAAUGUACAGGCAAAUUUAAGAUUGCACAAGCUCUUUCAUGUCUGACAUUUGGUCAAGGUAACUUACAAGAGUGUUCUGAACAAGUUUAAGAAAAAUGAAUAAUCUGAGCGUUCUACUUUUUUACAUUAGUAAAUAGGUUUAAUUGAUAUUUAAAGGGGAAGUCCUCCCGUACUAGGUAUGUAAAAGCUAUAUCCAUCUACAGGGAAAACAGUUGCCAUUAACUACAGCAAAGCAAUGAAAGUAAUAUGCCAGGUGUUUUAUGUACUUUGCAAAAUAAAAGUACCUUUUUUAUGCUA